AUGUCUACAGUUAUAGAUAAAAUAAAAGAAAUUGAGACUGAAAUGGCCCGUACACAAAAGAAUAAAGCUACGUCUUAUCACUUGGGCACAUUAAAAGCAAAACUAGCAAAAUUGCUCGGUUUCGAUGUUGCUAAAACCGGUGUUGCCAGAGUUGGUUUUGUUGGAUUUCCUUCUGUGGGCAAAUCAACUUUAAUGUCGAAAUUGACUGGUACAUUUUCUGCCGUAGCAGCUUAUGAAUUUACAACAUUAACCACAGUACCAGGUGUACUUCAAUACAAGGGAGCAAAAGUUCAAAUUCUAGAUUUACCAGGAAUAGUUGAAGGUGCAAAAGAUGGUCGUGGUCGUGGUCGACAAGUAAUUGCAGUGGCACGAACAUGUUCAUUGAUCUUUCUUGUGCUUGAUGUAUUGAAACCUUUAACUGACAAAAAAAUUAUUGAAACCGAAUUGGAAGGUUUUGGUAUUAGGCUAAACAAGAAACCUCCUAAUAUAUAUUUUAAGAAAAAAGAGAAAGGUGGCAUAAAUAUGACAAAUACUGUUCCUUUAACUUAUUUGGAAUUGGAUCAAGUUAAGGCUGUGUUAAGUGAAUAUAGAAUUCAUAAUGCUGACAUUACCUUCAAAUGUGAUGCCACUGUUGAUGAUUUAAUAGAUGUAAUUGAAGGUCGCAUCUAUAUCCCUGCUAUAUAUGUUCUUAAUAAGAUUGAUCAAAUUAGCAUAGAGGAAUUAGAUUUAAUUUAUAGGAUUCCACAUGCUGUUCCAGUUUCUGCUCACCAUGUAAAGAAUGGAACUUUGAUGAAUUGUUGGAAAAAAUCACCAGUUGUAUUACGUCAAAAUGCACGUUCAAUUGAAGAUUUUUGUAAUAGUAUUCAUAAAGGAAUUGUUAAACAGUUUAAAUAUGCUUUAGUAUGGGGUAGUUCUGCAAAACAUCAACCUCAAAAGGUUGGUUUAACUCAUGUAUUAAACGAUGAAGAUGUAGUUCAAUUAGUGAAACAAUAA